GUUUCCCUUCAGGCCAUGUCCGAAAAAUAUGGCGCGGAAAGAGAGCCAUGCGCGCGCCAUCCCAAACACCCGAUUCGCACCAGACCAGAAAAAACAAAAAGAAAAAAAACACCAGACCCUCGACCCCGACCUGUUCGAUCCCCAAUCUCACCUCUCUCUCUCUCUAUCUCGCCACCCACACACCCUAACCCUAAUCCGACCGCGCCGCCGCUCCCAACCUGGGCGCCUCCGCCCCAAACCACCCGCCGGUCCCCUCGCGCCACCACAUCUCGGACCCCGGUCUCCCUUCCCUUAGUCCGCAGUAGCAGCAGCGCCGUCUACGAUGGAGGAGCACCAUCUGCCGCCGAGGAACAACAGCGCCGUCCGCCACCAAGGAUCUGCCGCGCGCCGGGAACAGCAGCACCAUACGCCGGAGGAUCCGCCGCACCGACUUCUGUUGAGGAGCAGCCCGCCGUUCUUCUUCCUCCACCGGCGACCCCUGUCCCGGCCCCGCCUCCAGAUCUCAACAAAACAAUACCCCUGAAGAUGCGUGGAGUAGGCUACUCCUCUGACCAUAACAAUUGGGUGCUAUUGACGAGCGAGGUGGAGAGGAGCUGCACAAGAAAGAAAAAGGACAAAUGGCCAAGUACACUUGACGGAAGAUUGACGAAACAGAGAGGCAGAGAGCAUAGAUUUUGUCUGCUUGCUUCAAAACAGAAAUGCGGUUGUUGCUUGCUGAUAAUUUUGGUUAUGGUGUGGCUGCCUAUUACUCAAGAUGAUCUCAUAUCAUAUCAUCAAUUUCAGGAACAUUAUCUCAGCUGUCGUUCAUUUCAGAACAGAUCGUUGGCAUUUUACCUUCAAAGGCCUAUCUUUUUGCCUACCGAGCACACAAACCAAAUGUGUCUAUAUAUUUAUUUAAGUGAAACAACAUGCUCCCAUUUUUGGUCAAUCGGUGGAUCUGACUAAUACAUAACUACAUAUAUAUGUGUGAGGAAUUUGCAGCAGGAUCCCUUGCCUGUGCUCUCCGCUUGUCCUCACUCCUUAGACCUUCCCUUUGCUUAUCACCAUACAUUUUAUUGAGAGCGGUGUCAAGAUGCAUCUCCUCUGCAAAGAUGAUGGGCAGAUGGCCUAAGCUCUAGGGUCAAAUGGCGGGAAGUAUCAAGUCUGAAGAUAUUAUGGCUUUGGUACAUCUUCUAUUUUCUUUAAAUGGAAGUUGGUGUCGGUUUGGUGAUCGAAGACUUGGGCUCUUCCAUAGUGUAGUGUAGAGUGAUCGAACACUUGAAGUCUCUUCUGAACUAGGCCCAUAUUUUGUAACAUGCCACAACUUGUAUGUUGAUUUGAGUAUUUUUUUCAAUGGUUGUAGCAAGGAAAACUAAUGGAUCCUCUAAAUAUGUUGAAUAAAUGCAUUGGUGAAUGGCAUCUUGUGAUGAAUAGAAGAGUGUAAUUGUUGGUAUAUCUACUGCAAAGUGAACAUGAAUUGAAUAUUUUGAAUUUGUUUUCAUGUUAAUAUAUCUUGCAUUUGCAUU